CUAUGAGGCAGGCUGCUGUGCUCUUUGAACACUGCUGGGGAUUGCUAUGGAGAGGCCGACAGGGUGACUGGAGCCAGCCCACCCACACCCCACCUCUCAGCCUUGUUAAGGAAGAUGGCAAUGGGUGCUUUGAAGGGCCAGAGGGGAAGCAGGUGAGGCGAUUUUCUACAGAAAUGGUUCUCACCUGCCGCCUGUAGAGCCACUGCGUCAGUGCAGGCGAAUGGGACCGGAUGACAGCAUCUGACCGCUGGGCUUGUCGAACAAGUGUGCCCAUAUCAGGGGUUACUGGGCCUGGCCACAGCCAGUGACGUUUCUGAUGUUUAUUACUGCAAUGGAAGGGAUUGAGGACAUUUCUUUUAGUCCUCUGUUUGGGGGAUAUGCCUGGUGCCUGCUACAUGGAAAGCGUACCGAGAAGUCGAGGGUGGGUUGCACGGCACAGCACUGUAUAGGACCGCCAGCCGGGGUCCGCGCGACAGCCCGGAAGAGAACAUACACCAAAGCACUGCCACGCAGGCAAAGCCUGAUGCUCCUGGCACCGACCUCGGCAGACGAGACCCGUCCCGCCUCUUAUAUGUGCGCACGCGCGUGCUCUUACUUCCGUCCUCCGUUGAGCAUUAAGCGCAACCCUCGACCGGAACCGGAAGUGGACCCCCAAGCUAGGAGGAAGAAGCCGGCGCGGCCCCGUCAGCAGCCGGCCGCGGCUGUUCUGAAGGACGGCGGCCGCGCUCCUGUGAGCGGGUCUGGGGUCCAGCCGGCGGCCCGAAGGCGCGGCGCCAUGAAGCUGUACAGCCUCAGCGUCCUUUACAAAGGCGACCCCAAAGCGGUGCUGCUCAAAGCCGCGUACGACGUGUCUUCCUUCAGUUUCUUCCAGAGGUCCAGUGUUCAGGAAUUCAUGACCUUUACCAGUCAGCUGAUUGUGGAACGCUCAACAAAAGGCAGCAGAGCCUCUGUCAAGGAACAAGAGUAUCUUUGCCAUGUCUACGUCCGGAGUGAUAGUCUUGCAGGUGUGGUCAUUGCUGACAGUGAAUACCCUUCGAGAGUGGCCUUUACCUUGCUGGAGAAGGUACUAGAUGAAUUCUCCAAGCAGGUCGACAGGAUAGACUGGCCAGUAGGGUCACCUGAUACAAUCCAGUACACAGCCCUGGAUGGUCACCUUAGCAGAUACCAGAACCCCCGAGAAGCUGAUCCCAUGAGUAAAGUACAAGCCGAACUGGACGAAACCAAAAUCAUUCUGCAUAACACCAUGGAGUCUUUGUUAGAGCGAGGCGAGAAGCUUGAUGACCUGGUAUCCAAAUCAGAAGUACUGGGAACACAGUCGAAAGCCUUCUAUAAAACUGCCCGGAAACAAAACUCAUGCUGUGCAAUCAUGUGACAUAGCCACAGAGGCAGGCGCUGGGUCGUCGUGUCACAUCAGAGCUGCAGCUCCUGGAGAUGAAGCGACACCUGAAGACCUGGAGCCAGGCUGACUGGCUGCUUUUAUUUUGAUGUUCUCAAGAGGAAUGGAGGGAUGACUUAAGGGUGGGACAUUGACGUUCACAUGUGUGGCUGUGACUUCAGGAAAGAAUUUGAGGUCCUCAAAGAUGUAAUGUUGGGAAAAUGAAACCAUAAACUCUAAGUGGCUCUUAUAGGUGCUGAAGGGCUUAUUCUCAGCUAACCCUGGAAGGCUCUGUGGGAGGGAAUCUUUUUCCUGAUCCUUGAUGCGACUUAGGAUUUCAUUUGUGCAUUAACGAUAUUAACUCUCCAGUGAAUGGGGUGGGGGGAGGGGGUCUCGGGUGAUAGGGCUGGGUGGGCAGAGUUUGAACACUCCGGAAUUCUAGUCUCUAGCACUGUGGGGUCUUGGAGAAGCUCACCAUGAGUGAGGACUGUCAAAGUGGUCACUGGAUCUCCUCUGUUUGACUUAACUGUCUGCUAGAAUUGGCAUCUGCCAGAAACAGGGCCCAUCCUAAGUACCUUCAUCCAGUACCACAAACUUGUGGGAGGUACUUAGAAUGGGCUAGAAGGGCAAGAUGUGUGAGUUGUGGUUUUAUCAGCCAGCAGACUGUUCGGACUGGGGCUGCUCUGGUGUCGGGAGGGUCAGCUGGGAGUGUCCAUCUUCACGGGAAGACGCAGACACAGGUGCCCUCAGCUGUCCAGUGUGGAGGCACAAGCACCGUGACUUGCAGUUGGACUUUGACAUUAAGAUCAAAGUAGUGGGUGCUGUCAUCUCUCAAAGCUGGUUUUAUUUGUCUCUGUCUACAAGACUGUUUUGGCAACUGCUUGGGGCCUGCAUAUUUGAGCAAGUCAUUUCUGUGGGUACCAGGGACAGGCGCCAGCAGCCCGAAGGGUCCCAGCAGCCAUCUGUGUUGUGUCCAGCUCUGGCUUACAGCCCCUUCCCAGUCAGAGACAGCUGCAGGGUAGAAGAUGUUGACAGGUUGCUCUGAGCUAGCACCCACUGCCAGCACAGUCUGUGUGGUGAGCCCAGGAUGUGCUGGGUCUCACAUUGCCUCUUCGUGUUCUGCUGUGCACAGAGUAUGUCAUGAGAUCCUGUCUCCCCAGAAGCAACCGCUGGGAUGCUAGCCUCUAUGAGUUUUGAGCCAGAGUUGUCUUACUCUGAUGAUCCCUGCCCUGAGCCUGUUGAGCUAACCUCAAGAGUGCCCAUAUGGGGAGGGGGAUGUCUACUAUGGCUUUCAAAAUCCUUAUUAGUAUAUCUGCCUAUUUCUCUGGGUACUGCUAGCCAAAGGGCUCAGGCUCCCUGGAGUGGCCUGCCCGUGUAAUUUUCCUGCUGUCAUAGACUUCCCCAUCCCAGGGCCCUGCACAGCACAGAUCCCGUCUGCUGUUGGCACUCAAGGUGGAGCAAAUGGCCUGGGUGCCGCCUGUUUUCUUGCUCUGGAGGGUGCUGGGGAAAAGUGGGGGUGGGUGGCGGCAGACGUUUAUGGGGAAGAAAGGUAACCUUCACCCACAUAUGGCUGUCCUACAGGGUAUCACUCGCCCUUCAAUGGAUUGAGUUGCCAUGUGUUUCCUGUCCCUCCCCCCAUUAUAUUCUAAUGAUAAAUCACUUGGCAAAAGUGUAUUUUAAUAAUGCCUAAUUUCUCUGUUCUGUUUGAAGGUUUCUGUCUAGAUAAAAUUGUCUUUUGAAAUUCCA